CAAGAUGAAGCGUAAGAAGCACAAAGUAUGUCGUGUAAACACUGCACUGUCAAUAGUCCCUACGCUCUUCUUUCCCAACGGUGUUCUCCUUCCAGCCUCUCCUUUCCUUCCUUCACUUUCACUACAGGAGUUUUACAUCUAAGAAGGUCACUCAUGAGAUAGGAACUAGAGCGAGAGAGAUAAAAAGAAGAUGGCUGAUGAUCGUGAGUUGCUUUGCUUCUCUGAUUCUUUGGAAGAAGAGGAUGAAAAAGAACAAUGUAGUGAUAAAAAUGUGAAGGAGCUUGGAUCCCUUGAUGACUCUAUUACACUGGUGGCAGCCAUAUCUACAAUACACCCAAGGGCUUCAGAAGUAAGUGGAGAAGAUGUUCCAGAUGGCUGUUUCCCUUCCUCUUCUAAGGAUUCGGAUGAGGAGGAAAGCAGUGAAAAGGUGGGGAACAGCAUCUUCUAUGUGGAUAGCCAACAGGAGAGCCCGUCUGAUGAAAACCGUGGACAGCUCAAUAUGCUUUCAGCAGCCUAUGAGAGCCUUGACUAUGACACAUGUGUCAAUGCUGCUUGGCUGGAUGAGGAGCGUACAAAAGGCUACACAUUUGUAGUGAAGAAGGAUGUAGCACGGUGGUUAGUGGUGCUGGUGACAGCUGUGCUCACGGCACUUGUGGGCUGCUGCAUUGAUAUAACCAUUGAGUCUCUUUCCAAGUUCAAGUAUACGUGGUUGAAGACAUACACAGACUAUGGAGUGGAACAUGGGGUUCUUAUCAUACCAUACCUCCUGUGGGUAGCACUAAACAUUGGCCCAACUCUUGUGGCUGGCUACCUUGGAUCCUAUGUUGAGCCAGUGGCAGCUGGCAGUGGAAUUCCUCAGGUGAAGUGUUACCUGAAUGGUGUCAAGGUGCCUCGUGUUGUUAGGAUCAAAACUCUUGUCAGUAAAGCAGUAGGGGUGACCAUGUCUGUGCUGGGAGGUUUGGCAGUAGGCAAGGAAGGUCCCAUGAUCCAUUCUGGAGCUGUGAUUGCUGCAGGGGUGUCUCAAGGCAAAACUACUUCAUUCAAGUAUGACUUUGGUAUCUUUGAAUACUUUCGUGAAGAUCAUGAGAAAAGAGACUUUGUGUCAGCUGGUGCAGCAGCUGGUGUGGCAGCAGCAUUUGGAGCACCUGUAGGUGGUGUUCUGUUCUCUUUGGAAGAAGGCGCAAGCUUCUGGAAUCAAGCAUUGACUUGGCGUGUCUUUUUUGGUGCUAUGAUGUCUGCUUUUACUUUGAACUUGGUGCUGUCAACUUACAAUGGGGUUCCAGGUAAACUGACCUACAAUGGACUCCUAAACUUUGGAAAGUUUGAGGAUUUGACUUAUGAGAUAUGGGAGUUCAUUCCCUUCCUGCUGAUGGGAGUAAUGGGUGGACUGUUAGGAGCCCUCUAUAACUUCAUCAACUUUAAGCUAACGCAAUUAAGGAUGAGAUACAUCACACGACCAUGGCAAAAAGUGGCAGAGGCUAUAUUGGUGGCAAGUACUACAGCUAGUGUUGCAUUCCUUAUGAUCUAUGGGUUGCAUGACUGUCGGAAAAUAGAAGAUGAGGCCAGUAGAAGUGACCGUUACCCUAUACAGAUGUACUGCAAUGAUGGUGAAGAAAGUGCCGUUGCUGCUAUUUGGUUCCAGACACCAGAGAAGAGUGUGCGUUCCCUCUUUCAUGACCCAUCUAAAUCAUUUGAAUGGCUCACCCUCAGUGUUUUCUUUGGAUGCUACUUCCUCUUGGCCUGUUGGACCUAUGGCCUUGGCAUUCCAUCUGGCCUCUUCAUCCCCACUUUACUAUGUGGGGCUGCCUGGGGCCGUCUCACUGGCAAGCUGAUGACGCUCCUCUUUCCUGGACAGAGUUGGUUGAAUGAGGGGAAGUAUGCACUUGUAGGAGCUGGUGCCAUGCUUGGUGGUGUUGUACGCAUGACCAUCAGCCUGACAGUCAUUCUGAUGGAGUGUGUUGGGAAUAUCACCUUUGGUCUGCCUCUUAUGAUUGUCUUGAUGGUAGCCAAAUGGGUUGGAGACUUCUUCAAUGAAGGUUUGUAUGACAUACACAUCCAGAUGCAAGGGGUUCCUAUCAUGGCAUGGGAUGCUCCCCCUCUCUCAAAUAACAUAUAUGCUAGUGAGGUUUUGAAUCGUCCUGUUACAACCUUACGUACUGUGGAGAAGGUUAGCCGUAUUGUUGAAAUCCUGAAAUCCUGCACAUAUAAUGGCUUCCCUGUUGUGGAUUCAAUUCCUACAGAGGAGGAGGCAAGAAACUUCAAAUCGUAUGGAACCUUGCGGGGGCUGAUACUUCGCUCUCAGUUGACUGUGCUGCUAAAACAUAAAGUAUUCAAUGAGAAUGCUCAUGUGUGGGAAAGCAGCAAGGUUGACAUCCGCCUGUUUCGCCUGUCUUAUCCACGCUACUUCACACUCCAGGAAGUGGACCUCACUGAAGAGGAUCUAGAAUGCACGAUUGACCUUCGACCAUUCCACAAUCCCUCCCCUUAUUCUGUAGUAUCUUGCACUCCUCUGCCACGCAUGUUCAAUCUCUUUCGUGCCUUAGGGUUACGCCAUUUGGUUGUGGUGAAUGACUCCAGAGAGGUUGUGGGUAUGGUAACCCGAAAAGAUUUAGUCAAGUAUAGGGUAUGGAAACAUAGAGGCCAGAUGGGGUUGGAAGAGUUAGUUAUAUACGAUAAUGUUGCCUAGUGUGUGUGUGUGUGUGUGUGUGUGUGUGUGUGUGUGUGUGUGUGUGUGUGUGUGUGUGUGUGUGUGUGCAUUUCUCUCUCUCUCUCUCUCUCUCUCUCUCUCUCUCUCUCUCUCUCUCUCUCUCUCUCUCUCUCUCUCUCUCUCUCUCUCUGUCUCUCAGCUUUUACUGGUGGAAAUGGUAUCAUUAUAGUAUCCACAGGCACACAUACUUGAGCCUUUCUGUUGUUUUCCUCAGCUAUUAAUAUCAUGGCCAAACAUUACAGAUGAGAAUGCAACUGGAAACUUACCUGACAGUAUGGGUGUUAUCUUGACUAAGCAACCUCUUUAUGCUCUGGGUACUGUUGUGAGAAGUGGGAAGUAUCAUUGCUGUUUGACUGAGCUGUUAUUGCUGUCCAUUUUACUAGAUAUUGCUUUAGAAUAAUUUUUUAUAAUGAUUCUUUUUACUACUACUAUUAUCACCACCACCACCACCACCACCACCAUCACCACACUACUACUACUACUACUACUACUACUACUACUACUACUACUACUACUACUACUACUACUACUACUACUACUACUACUGCCAUAUGGUAUCACUGGACCAUGACAACUUAACACUAUCUCCAAGUAUGAAAGUUGUAUUGUGUAUUUCUGUAUUGAUAUUUUUUUUAUAAUUUUGAGGAAGAUUGUUAAGGAAGGAUGAGCUGAAUGUGUUAAUAAUAAUAAUAAGAAGAAGAAUAAUAAGAAUAAGAAUAUUGGUGGAAAUAUGAUUAUAUAUUUUGUACAGCAAUGAUAGAAGGCAUUUCAUACUAUAAGGAAUAUUUGUAAUAGAUAAUUAUUUUUUUAUAGUUAUUAUCUUGAUAUAUUAUAAUAUUGUGUGUGUGUGUGUGUGUGUGUGUGUGUGUGUGGGUGUGUGUGUGUGUGUGUGUAAGCAAAUCAUGACAGGUUGUACGGUUAGGUUUUAAAAGAAAAGGAUAAGAAAGAAAUUUGUAUCUGCCUUAUAUUUCUAUCCAUAUUCACAGAAAUAUGAGUAUGUGAUGUAGGAGGCUUCUAGACAAGUAUGGAAGCUCCUGAAGUUUUGUUUUUGUCAUAGUAAAAAAUCUGAUGUUACAAUUACUAUAAUGAAUCUUCAAGAACGGGAUAAUUUUUUAUUUAUUUAUUUAUUUAUUUUUUUCAUACAAAAGGUACAAUUAAGUAAUAAAGAUGACUUAGGAAAAUUUUUAGUCAAGUAAAUAUUUCUGUUGGACAUUAGUGAUAGUGGCCAGUGAGAUGAUAUGCCACUUGUAAAGGGAAAAUGGUUGUCAUUACAUUUACAAGAGGAAAGCUACUUGAAUUUGUAUAAUAGUUAUUAAAUGAUUUCAUAUAUUGGCUGUUCUUUGAAAUGUCAAGCGAUUCUUGACAUUCAUAUAUUUUAUAAAAUUUUCAUUUAAGAUACACUAAUGAAAAGAACAUCAAGCUUAAGAGAAAUGUAGUUCAUACAUAUUCCGUAAAAAAGAAUAAUCCUUUGCAAGAUGCAAGGAAGAAUUCAGGUAUCAGUAAUAACAUAUUCUCUCAUUUCAGUGCUGGAUCAUUUAGUGUAAGUGCUAAGGAGGCUGCUGCUAGACUCUGUAGGCCAACAAACUGUCAUAAGUGAAGGCUAGAAUGGCCAGGCAUGUAUGGAGUCUUUCAGAAUACUGACAGUUUCAUUGAUGAUAAAGUGUAAAGCAUUUGAAAUUUAUUUUGUUGCAGAUGAGUCACGAGGCAAAACAUGUGCAUAUUUUGUGAGGCUUUUGGUAUCUUUUUGUGUGUGUGAGCUGCCUGAUCUGCUCACAUUUCCUCAGGGAUGUUCACUUGUAUUUGUUACCUGUGGAAUUUUUAAGUAACUACAACUUUUAAAUACUUGUCUUUUAAGUCCAGACGUAUAGAUGAGGCAUGUAACAGUUCUGCCUGGGAGUAUUUAAUUCUUUCAUCAUAAACUUAUAGUACAUAUGUAAUAUGUGCAUUUGUUAAAGGUAUGUCCAGUUAUUGAGAAUAGUCUCUUACAAUUUCUUGGGUUUCUCAGCUUUGUACAGGCUUUUAAUUUGAUCUUCAGUUUCUUUUAAAUCUUGCCAUAUUUUCUGUCAUUUAAAAAUUUGGGAAGUUCCUAUGCCUUAUCUUUUCUUUUCUCUUUAAGUGUUCAUGUCUGGUAUGAGUAAUGAUGAUUGAGUCCAUCCACCUAGUACAUCAUACACUUUAUGAAUCCAUUCCUCAGACAGUCUUCCUGUGGCUCAUUUCAUAUAUAAUAGAAUUAUGAAUUCAUGAAAAUUAGCACAAUACAGUUUUUAAUAUAAGUUGUCAGAGAAAUUUAUUUUAGUAUAGUGACAUGUCUCCUAAUGGUUAAAGUUGGUAUAUUUUUUUUAUAUGAGAUUACCUCCAAAUAUGGCAGGAACUCACUCAUAUAUUAGAAAAUAUUAUGUAUUUGAUGGCUGAUGUCUUCAUCUUGAUAUCAGCAACAGAAACAAAUGCAUUAUUGAUACAGAGAGAGAGAGAGAGAGAGAGAGAGAGAGAGAGAGAGAGAGAGAGAGAGAGAGAGAGAGAGAGAGAGAGAGAGAAAUAGGAGGCAGAGAGAGAGAGAGAGAGAGAGAGAGAGAGAGAGAGAGAGAGAGAGAGAGCAUUAACUUUUUAUGGUGUACCACAUGAAUUGGCUUCAACUGAAAAUACCUUGUUUUUUCUGCUACUUAAAAAACAAUAAGUGCCAGACUAAUGAUAUAUUAAUAUUAAAUAUUAAAUGAUGAUAUAUAUAUAUAUAUAUAUAUAUAUAUAUAUAUAUAUAUAUAUAUAUAUAUAUAUAUAUAUAUAUAUAUAUAUAUAUAUAUAUAUAUAUAUAUAUAUAUAUUAUGCAAAAUAAGAGGGAAAAAAUAAUAUAUAAAUAAUAUGUAAGGAAGGAUUUAUCUUUAAGUGCAGCAGUGGUGGGUGACAGCCAAGAGUGGAAACCUGGCGUUUGUAGUGACUGCUCACCAAUGAUGGCUUUUUUCAAGUUUGAUACAAAUAUGACAAAACAAAAUAAAAGCACCUUAAAGAACUGAAUAUUUCAUCAUUGAUUUUUGUUAGUUUAUGGAAAUUAUGAAUGACAUUAGAAAUAGAUGCAUUAAGAACAAAAUGUUUUUAUGUAAAAUUUAUUUUUUGUAUUAGUGUCCCUAUCCAAAAGGUGCUUAUAAGAAUGACAACCAUUUUGACUCCCUAAGUCAAGAGUGAUGUAAUACUACAUGUGUCAAAUGGAUCCAUAGAAUUAACAUGGAACAUUAAUGGAAAGUUUGCUGAACUGUGACUGUUUGCUGAACUGGGACUGUACUGUCUGGUAGGAAUAGAAGGCUAACAAUUCUAUUCUGUAUGUAUGUAUAGUCCCUCAGGUGUGAGAGACUAACAGUUUUAUAUGUGUGUGUGUGUGUGUGUGUGUGUGUGUGUGUGUGUGUGUGUGUGUGUGUGUGUGUGUGUGUGUGUGUGUGUGUGUGUGUGUGUGUAAACAAGUGCUGCAAAAAAGACAUCAAAAGGUUGUUAAUAUCAUUAUCAUCUCUCUGCUAAAGGUUGAUCUGUAAUGUUUAGUGAAAUCUGACAAACAUGAGACAUUCCUAUGAUAUAAAGAGAUAUGUGAGUACAGUAUUUGCUGUGGUAAGGAUGGACAACCUUUGCACACACAUUGGUAUCAGGUCUUUUUUCCUGAAUUAUUUUAUCCAUAAUUCACAUAAAAAUUAUAUAUAAUAUAGAGUAUGCUUUCAUUAAUUUUCAAAUGGUUUUGGUAUGUUAAAUAGCUAUGCAUUACCAAUAUAACAAAUUACUUUGAGUAUUUGACUUCAUGUGCAUAUUUUGAUUAUGGCUAAGAUUUUGGUUUGUGUAUAGAAUUUUCUUGAGAGCAUUACUACUGUAUAUAUCUAUAGAAACAUUCUGGAAGAAGUGCAUUUUUUUACAUUUUGUCUUUCAGAUUGUUAGGUUAUUUUGCAAAGAUCUGUGGAAAUCUCUUUUCACUCAUGAAAAUAGUAUUUUAAUUUCAUACAUCCAUUGCUACCUUAAGGAACUAUUACUGUGAUAAGUUUGCUGGGUAAAUACUCUGGGAGUAGCUGGUCUUUUUGUGAAGAUGUGAUAAAUGUGAGACUGAGACUAACAGCUGAAAAUAUGAAGCUGACAAGGUUGUGUCCUUUUUAGUGGUGGUUUGGGUGAAGGCCAGCUUGGUGAGGGGAGGAAAUGAUGAACAUCUUCCAAGUCCUUGACUUCAAAUGUUUAUUGAAAGGAAAAAGUAAAAAGAAAAAAAAAUUAUAUAUCUACAAAUGAAAAAUUAUGAAUUUAGUCAAGGAUUUUUUCACUCAUAGUGUCAUAAAGGUUCAAUGAGAUAUUUUAUAAUUUCAAGUUAUCACUUUUUAUCAGAACUGUUGGUUGUUAAUCUAGAAAUAAGUUUUGAUAAGUAUAAUAUAAAUAAAUACCUAGAAUAGAGGC